AUGACCAGCGACGUGGAGCAGCGCCCGACCAAGCAUGCCCGGUCUACGCUUGGUCCCGUAACCGAUGAUAGCCUGGAGCGCGACUCCGUAUUCUGGUUCAACGACGGCAAUAUUAUCCUUGCAUGUGGCCAUAUCGGGUUCCGUGUCCAUGCCGGCGUACUCUCCUUGAACUGCGGCGUAUUCAGGGACAUGCUCGCGAGCGGCACGCCCGCUGCUGGAGAGGUGCACGAGGGUGUGGAUAUCGUUCGAUUGAGCGACGAACCUGCAGACAUGCGGUUAUUUCUGAGACCAAUGUACUUCACCGACGAAGGACCCAUGCUCUCUCAAUAUUAUGUUGCGCAGUUGAAGACACUGCUCGACAUGGCACGCAAGUACAUGGCGGACCGCCUUCAAAAGAGCGUCUUGCAGCAUCUACGGACGCUCUUUCCCUCCACGCAGGACUGCUCCCGGGCUCUCUAUCCGACUCUUCGUCCUCCAAACAAGACGGAGGAGAAACCUUUCGACCCUUGGGUUGCCGUCGAUAUCAGCCUGGACCACGAUAUACCCAUCAUCUUGCCCAUGGCUAUCUAUUAUUCGAUUGUGGGCGCGGAACUCGAGGAGAUACUGGAUUUCAAUAUCAGUGCCGCAGCUCUGCGCAAAAUACUGCUCUUCCGCGAAACAUUUGUUCGCCGGGUCAACCGUGAAUCGGUAGACGGAGAAGGGUACUUCGACGUCUAUUCGGCCUGCGAUAACAACGUCGCAAGCUGCACCAUCAUCGAUCUAUGUGUUCAGGAAAAUGCAAUUCGCUACUAUCGGGACUUCGAAUACGACGUCUUUCAGCAGGUACAUGCGGAUGCGGUCCCUGACGAUAUCGGUGACCUGUGCGCGGGUUGUCGUCAACAGCUUGUCGACAUGCAAAGAGAAUUCACCCAAUAUCUAUGGAAUGAACUACCUUUACUAUGCAGGGGAUCUCUCUAUUCCUGGCGAUUGUUGCAUGAUGCACAGGCAGAGGUGGAGGGAGUUACAGCAGUUCCAGAAGAUCUGGCUUGA